UAAAAGCUUUGGCGUUUGCGCGGCAUACUCAUUCGAUUCGUCACAGGUGACCCAUUGCAGUCCGAGUGAUCGAAGAGAUCUGCCGAUUUUAACAGCAUAAUUAUAUAAAUUUUUAAAAUCUACUUUAUCCAGAAUCUCUAAUUACUAUCAUCAUGCGUGAGUGCAUUUCUGUCCAUGUUGGCCAAGCUGGUGUUCAGAUCGGCAAUGCCUGCUGGGAGCUGUACUGCCUUGAACACGGAAUUCAGCCAGAUGGCCAGAUGCCAUCAGACAAGACAAUCGGUGGUGGAGAUGACUCCUUUAACACUUUCUUCAGUGAGACAGGUGCAGGCAAACAUGUUCCUCGGGCAGUGUUUGUUGACCUAGAGCCUACUGUUGUUGAUGAAGUUCGCUCUGGCACCUACCGUCAGCUAUUUCAUCCUGAACAGCUGAUCACUGGCAAGGAAGAUGCUGCUAACAAUUAUGCACGUGGUCACUAUACUGUUGGCAAGGAGAUAGUUGAUCUGGUUCUGGACCGCAUCCGCAAGUUGGCUGACCAGUGCACAGGUUUGCAGGGCUUUCUCAUCUUCCACUCCUUUGGUGGUGGCACUGGUUCAGGCUUCACCUCUCUUCUGAUGGAGCGUCUGUCUGUGGAUUAUGGCAAGAAAUCCAAACUGGAAUUCUCGAUUUAUCCUGCUCCUCAGGUGUCGACUGCUGUUGUUGAGCCUUACAACUCGAUUUUGACAACACAUACCACCCUUGAGCACUCUGACUGCGCCUUCAUGGUUGAUAAUGAGGCCAUCUAUGACAUCUGUCGCCGUAACCUAGACAUUGAGCGACCCACCUACACCAAUCUAAAUCGUCUGAUUGGCCAGAUUGUCUCCUCAAUCACAGCCUCCCUGCUUGAUGGUGCCCUUAAUGUAGACCUUACUGAGUUCCAGACCAACUUAGUGCCAUACCCCCGCAUCCACUUCCCCUUGGCUACAUAUGCUCCUGUUAUCUCUGCUGAAAAGGCCUACCAUGAGCAGCUGUCUGUGGCUGAAAUAACCAAUGCCUGUUUUGAACCAGCUAACCAGCUGGUGAAGUGUGACCCCCGCCAUGGCAAGUACAUGGCCUGCUGCAUGCUUUAUCGUGGUGAUGUUGUACCUAAGGAUGUCAAUGCUGCAAUUGCCACAAUCAAAACCAAGCGCACAAUUCAGUUUGUGGAUUGGUGUCCUACGGGUUUCAAGGUUGGUAUCAACUAUCAACCCCCAACUGUUGUGCCAGGGGGUGAUUUGGCCAAGGUACAGCGUGCAGUCUGCAUGUUGAGCAACACUACAGCCAUUGCUGAGGCCUGGGCCCGUCUGGAUCACAAGUUUGACCUCAUGUAUGCAAAACGUGCUUUUGUGCACUGGUAUGUUGGUGAGGGCAUGGAGGAAGGCGAAUUUUCUGAGGCACGUGAAGAUCUUGCAGCACUGGAGAAGGACUAUGAAGAAGUUGGCAUCGACUCAGUGGAGGGAGAAGGCGAGCAGGAAGGCGAAGAGUAUUAAAAUCUGAACAACCUGUCAGACCUAACAACUUGAAUAAAGAACUCUUAUUUGCUUUCAAUAACGGCAAUCUCUGGCCAUCCAUGUUUCUGAUGGUGUCUAAUAAAAUUCCUUAAACAAA